AUGGAGGCUGGAGGACUGAUUUCUGAGGCUUGCUGGACCAUGUUUGACUUCCUGCAGCAGGGCGAGGAGUCUGAUAUCAUGGCACAUCUCCUUGGCACCUUCCCCUUGCACGACGAGGAAGGCCAGCAGGGUCUGCCUUGGUAUCAGGCUUCCCAUCAGCCGUACUAUGAUUCUAAUCUUAACACAAGUGCAUGUAGUGAAAGCAACAGUAGUAGCCUUGCCGUUCCAUCCGACAGUAUGGGCUACUAUUUGGGUGACUCCGGUGAGACCCUCGGCAUCAGCUCCUGCAUUGCACCAGAUGGCCUCAACUUGGUCCAGGAGCAAGGUGCAACUGAGUAUAUGAACAUGGUCCCAAACAUCUCCCAUGAUUUAUAUGGGAAUGGCGAGUCAAGCUGCGAGGAUCUUGAUUCGGUCAGCGCUACUAACAAGAGAAAUCACUCGGCUGAAGAAGAGAUCGACGGCCAAGCAAGAGGUCGGAAAUGCGCAAGAAAGGCUGAACCGAAGCGAGCAAAGAAGGCCAGACAAAACGAAGCGAGCUGCUGCACCUCUGACAAUGACUCGAAUGCUUCUCAAGAGUCAGCAGAAGCUGACGGUGUUAGACCGAAAGGAAAGGCCCGGGCUGGCCGUGGAGCCGCAACUGAUCCCCAGAGCCUCUAUGCAAGGAAAAGAAGGGAGAGGAUCAAUGAGAGGCUGAAGACACUGCAGACCCUUGUGCCUAACGGAACCAAGGUAGAUAUGAGCACUAUGCUGGAGGAGGCAGUUCAGUAUGUAAAGUUUCUGCAGCUUCAGAUCAAGGUCCUGAGCUCCGAUGAUAUGUGGAUGUACGCGCCGAUUGCGUACAAUGGGAUGAACAUUGGACUUGAUCUGAACUUACAGAGAUGA